AUGGCACCCCUCACAGCCUCCGACAUCCCCUCCCUCUCGCUCCUCUACAAACUGCGCAAGCUGUCGGCCGCGCCCCCGGACACGCCCCUCCCCCCGACCCGCCUGGGGCCCAACACGGGCACCACGCUGCCGACGCCGUCCAAGGCGCUCAACGACCGGGUCGGCCUGAUCCGCGGGGACAUCACCAAGCUCGCGGUGGACGCGAUCGUCAACGCGGCCAACCAGUCGCUGCUGGGCGGGGGCGGGGUGGACGAGGCGAUCCACCGGGCGGCGGGCCCGCGGCUGUACCGGGAGUGCCGGGCGCUCGGGGGCUGCGCGACGGGGUCGGCCAAGAUGACGGGCGCGUACGCGCUGCCCGCGCGCCGCGUCGUGCACGCCGUCGGGCCCGUCUACAACCCGUUCGACCGCGCCGGCUCGGAGCGCCUGCUGACGGGCUGCUACACGCGCAGCCUCGAGCUGGCCGCCGAGGGCGGCUGCCGCACCGUGGCGUUCAGCGCCAUCAGCACGGGCGUGUACGGCUACCCGAGCCGGGACGCGGCGCCGGCGGCGCUGAGCGCCAUCCGGGCGUUCUUGACCGGGCCGGAUGGUGAGAAGAUUGAUAAGGUGGUGGUCGUGACGUUUGAGAUGAAGGACGUGGAGGCGUACAACCAGUUUAUCCCGCUUUACUUCCCGCCCGUUGCCGAGGACCAACCCACGACCGACCGCGAGGAGGAAACGAGAGAGACGGAAGCCAAGCUGACGGCCGAGGCAGAGGCGAUCGCCGCCGAGCUGCCCAGCGCUCCGACGGCUGACCCGUACGAUCUCGGCCAUGCCGGCAAAAAGCAGAAGCAGAAGGACAAUUGA